AAAGAAAUAAUUAUUUGUUUUCAAAAACUUCAAUUUUAUUAAAAAAAAGUCUGCAAUUAAAUUUUUUUAUAAAUAAAUUUUUUUAUAUUAAAUUUUAUUUUCAAAAUAAGCACAGUAAAUGCAGAUUACGGCAAACGUUUUUGUUAAAAAUUUUCCACGAAUGUGAGAAACUUUAAAUUUAAACCGUGUUUGGCAAUACCAAACCUUUUAGUCAAACAAAUUUUAAAUUAUUAAUUGAUUUAUUAUUUCACAAAAACUUACUAUGUACUUUUAAAAUCUUCAUCCAUUUCACAAAAUAAAAUUUUUCAAAAAAUUAUUGAAUUAUUAUUUUUUUUUAUUUUAUAUAAUUACAAUAACAUAAAUGCAUAAACACGCAGCACUGGCCAUGAAGCCUUCAGAAAAUUCAAUAACUCAUUCUAAAGAUAUUAACGGAAUUUACUUUUCAUAAAAAAUUUAACGCAUUUUUCUGGCUUCAAAACCCGUUCUUGCACGGCGAAAUUCAAUUUCGUAACUGAAACCGUUAAAAUUCCGAUAUUUCGAUCAGUAGAUGCAAUUCAUUUCAAUCAUUCCAUAUUCCUAUCAAUUUACAUAUAUUCAACAGCAUGGCAUUUAGUUCACCAAUUUAAUUAAAAAUUGUACUUUUUCUUUCACAUUUAAUUUUAGUUUUUAAUAAUUUUAUGUUUGAAUUCAUUUAUUUUAUAAGUCAUAUUUGAGUUAAAAUCAUUGCGUCCGAGGACGUGUCAAACGAAAUUUAAGUUCCCAUUUUUAACUACAUACAUAAACGUAUUUGUUUAGUUACGCAAAACAAAAACAACUAUUUUUUAUAUACUAUAUUCAAUUAUCUAAGCAAAUAAAGUUAUUUAAUUACAUGGAUACAAUAAAAAAAAUGUUUCAAUAUUUCAUUGAUUUUUUAUUACAUGGCAUUAUUUGUUUGUGUAAUAUACAUAUACAUACAUACAUUUCAUUUAAGUUUUCACCAAUCAAAACUUUCAGCCUUUGCUUCGGAGAAUCUUUUUUACAUUUUAGAGGUCUGAUAUAUUUACAACACGGAGAGCAACUUUUGCUUGUAUACCAUAUUGAUGAGUCUCCGUUGUGCCUCUUUUUCGUCUCAUUGCAAUCUAACUGUUUGAUUCAUGUGGCGUAAGUGUCUGUUGAACGCAGGUCGCUCAAACAGCCGUUGAGAUUUAAGUUAGAAGGAAAAAGAGAGAAGCUCUGCAAGCACUAAGUAAUGUGCGAUGCUUCCAAUUUCCUGUGCGCUUAUGCACGGCAGUAAAACUAAAUUGAGAGAAAUUAUAUUAAGCCUCUUCUAUUCGCCAUUUCCCCGCUCGCUAUCUCUAUGCUCGAUUAACGUGACGAAAAUUUUGCAUGCGAAAGCAACAACAAAGUUAUCGAGUACGAUUCGUCGCAGGCGAGUAUGGCUACAGCUCAUUAGGCCGCACUGCCUUACCAGCACAUGUAAUUUAAGGCAGUUCUCUUCUCGCGUUGCCGACAUACAUGUGUAUGUUCAUUUGCUUCAUCUAUUCGCCACUUGCUAAGUGAAAUGGGAAAUGGCGACUAGAAGAGGCCUAUAGCCUUGGUGUUGCUUUUGCAUGCGAAAUUUUCGUCAGCAAGCGGGGAAAUGGCGUGUAGAAGAGGCCUAUAGCCAUACUCGCUGGCGACGAAUCUUACUCGAUAACUUUGUUGUUGCUUUCCCACGCAGGAUUUUCGUAAAGUUAAUCGAGAUAGCGAGCGGGGAAAUGGCGAGGAGAAGAGUGCUAUAAUAUAAUGCAUGCAUUUCUCCUGGAAAAAAUAUCACUACUCGAUAUGCAUAAACGCAAUUUAGACGAUAUAUAUCGACGGCUAUAUUUUCAUCUUCAUCAUUUUUCCUUUUCUGAUUUAUUUACGUUCUUAUUUUGUACUUUUUUAUUACUUAUUGUAGAAAUUAGAGUUUGUACGCAAAAUAUCAAUGCCCGGACAAAGUGUAGAUCUAAACGUGCUCUUUCGCCACUUCGGUUCACCCUUCAAUGCUAUGGGAAAUGGCAGCAGCGCUGCAGUGGCUGCAGCCCACUGUCCCACCCCGUUCGCCUUUCCGUUCACACCGUUCGGCCUGAAUUUGUUCGACAUCGAUCCGUCCAGAAUUUUGGGUAUGCUCCGCCACCAGACAUGGCUGGCCGAAGAGGCUUUAAAGGGUCGUAAUUUGCUAAACACACCUAAGGACUUUGCCCACCGUUACAAUCCCAUUGGCGAAUUGUUCGCCAAAGAUUUCCAUCAGAAUCAUUCGCAUGCCACCACUGCCGAAUUGCUUGCUGGCGUGGCAGCCCCCAACAAUCGGGCAAGUGCCGCCAGUCCAGUCAAGCAAGCAACAACAUCACCACUGCAACAGCCUGAACGUAGCACAGUACCACAGCAGCAACAACAGUACAAACAGCAACACCAUCAACAACCACAACAGCAACAACAGCAACAGCAGCAACAACAGCAAACAUUCAACAUACGUUAUCCCUCACCAGCUGCAUUUUUCCAUCAUCAACAGCAGCAGCAGCAGCAACAACAACAACAACAGCAACAGCAUCUGAAGCAAAAGUCCAGCCGUCAAGGCACACCAUCACCUCAUGCCACAGCCACUUCUACACAAUCGAAGCCAGAUACGACACCCACAGCGCACACUGAAACACCGGUCGAUGAUGCGGUCAUUGAGCUUACCACUCACGAUGAAGCACGCGACAGUGGUCGUGAAAGCGCCGUUCACACGCCCAGCAAUAGCACUGGCACAUCCAGCGGUCUUGGCACCUCCGCCACUACUAGCAGUGGCGCGCUCAGCAGCGCUUGUUCGCCACUGCUCUACAAGGAAUCGCUCGAACAAUUGCUGCAACGUCGUCGUUCCGGCUCCUCACUCGGUGGCGUCAGCGACAGUCUGCGUUCAUACACACAGCUGUUGCUCUCCUCGAGCACGCCCGGUUGCACCGACACGUCUAGCUGCAAGGAGAAAAGCUCCUCAUCUUCUACCUCAUCAACACCACCACCCACCUCAGCGCUGCUGGCGCAACACCAGCUGCUCACUCAACGGCUAAAUAGCCCAUCGGAGUCGUCGUCACUCUUUGGCGAGCCCAUCGAGGAAGAGACACGUUGCGUCGUCUGCAAUGCACAUUUUCCGAAUGUGUGGCUGUUGGAGCAGCAUGCUGCCCUCCAGCACCCACACAUUGGGCCGGGCGAAGAGAAACCGUUCAUUUGUGAGCAAUGCGGGCAAUCGUAUCGUUAUCGCUCCGCAUAUGCUAAGCAUAAGGAGCAGAAUCAUCGCGCCCGCUUGCCGGCCGACAAGCUCUUCACGUGCGACGUCUGUGGCAUGCAAUUCCGUUAUCUCAAAUCGUUUAAAAAGCAUCGUCUCAAUCACGCGCUGGAGCGCUUGCACGGCAAGAAGGGCGUGAUCGGCAAACAUUGUCUGGCACCGGUGCAUGUGCUGGGGGAACAAGACGUGGUGACUAGUUCACAGGAGCCGAUGGUUGCCGACGAGGGUGGUGAGGAUUUGCGCAUCAAUGUGAAACGUGAGCAGGACGAUGAUGAACGUGAACAGCGAGAACGUGAGGAUCAGGACUGCACCGUUGACUCGGCUGGGAUGAUGCUCUACAAUGACAACAACAACGCGACGUCUUUAGCCACAACCAGCGUCGCAGAGGCGAACAUUAGCAGUUCAGAUGGAAUUCAUAGUACAAAUAAGGGGCCACGCCUUCUUGCAACUCCACAAAUGGAAACGGAUCCCUCCUAUCAUCAUUUGCAACGCCACCCACAACAUCCACAUCACCACCAACAGCAACUACAGCCACAACAUCAACAUCAACAGUUGCCACCACAUUUGCAUGGCAAUGUGGCUGGUACAUCACUGCCACCACAUCAACAUCAGCAUCCACAUGCAGCUUUGCCUCAUUCGCAUCAUCCACACGCUCAUGCGCAUCACGCCGCUGCUGCAUCAACACUGAAUUCGUUGAACUCACUCAACUCCAUUACAUCGCUGAUCAAUGCCGAACGCAUACCAAACGAACAAUUCCUGGGCCUUAAUCCGCAAGAGGCUUCAAUACUCAACUUUCUGCGUGUCGAUGCAGCUGAGCGUCAGCGGGACAAACGCCCCCAAACCUCACGUUUCGCCUGCCCCUUCUGUGGCAAAUGCGUACGCUCCAAGGAGAAUCUGAAAUUGCAUGUGCGCAAGCACACCGGCGAACGACCAUUUGUGUGCCUCUUCUGUGGACGCGCCUUCGGUGGAAAAUCGGACCUCACACGCCAUCUGCGCAUACAUACCGGCGAACGGCCGUAUCACUGCGAAUCCUGUGGCAAGUGCUUUGCACGCGCCGACUAUCUGUCGAAGCAUCUCACCACCCACAUACACAAUGCACCACGCUGAGAUGAGGUGCGGAGGAGACAACGACUCCUUCGCAGAUAAUAGAAUGAACAGUCGACGGACCACUGGUUGGAGCGUUGGUGGUGGUGUUACUUUGUAGCAGCCACUGCGGCGGCGGAGAGCUGUACAAUGCAAGUUGCUGGGGGGAAUGAGACACAGCAAUAGAAAUAGAUUAAAGAAAAUUAAAAAUUAUUAAAAGAGAAAACGAAAACGUGUGAAAAAAAGAAGAAAAACACACACACACACACAUAUAUAUAUACGCAUACAUACACACACUAAAAACAAUGUACUAAUUCAAAGGCGUGCGAAAAAAAAUUGUGUAUAUACAUAUGAGGGCAUUGGUUGGCUUAAGCAACAACAACCAAAUACAGAGAGACACCUUUUGGCGAAGCAAAGAAAUUGUCGGAGAAUAGCGCACGUAGCUGAAGUUGAGCAAUGAAGGGUGAAAGAGAUGGUUCACCUUCUUUUAGUGUUCUUCAGGAUAAUUCAUAAUUUUUAAUUCUUUUUUAUGUAGAAUUCCUUGUUUUAAGGUAUAGGAAGAUUUAAUUUAAGAGAAUAUUCAAUGCAUAGCAUAUUUCAAAUUGAUUUGAAGUGAAGUUAAAAGUGCUGCAAGAAGAAUUUUAUAAAAUACAUACACAAACGCGGGUAUUAGCUAUUACGUAUGAAGGUUUAAAAAAAAUAAUAAUAAUUAUAGAUAGUUAGUUUUAAAACUUAAUGAAGUGUCUUUAUUCCACCAGAGGAAUUUUAUAUUAUUUUAUUUUUUUUUUUAUAGUAAUUUCUUGCUUAAAAAUCAGUAAUACACAAAAUUGGGUUCUUAAAUUUGUUUUUUUAACUUUUCCAACUGCACGCAUAGGCAUACCUACAUAUGGCUUUAUGUAUAUAACAAUCAUAUUUUACUGAAGAAGGGGAGAUUAGCGAAUUUCUCGAAUUUAGACAUUUUGCAAUUUCUGAGGUCAUUAAAUAGCUUGAUCUGAAAGCUAGCAAGAAGAUCUUCUUUUUCGAGUUUCGAAAGUAAAAAAAAAGAGAUUUAAUUAUUACCAAUGUGUUCCAUAUCGUAACCUUCGGUUCUGUGCCUUUGGUCAGUUCAAUAAGCAUUGAACGGUUAGUAUUACAUAAAAUAUCACACGGGUGUUCUGGUCGAGUAUAGACGGCAAAUAGUAGAGAAGGCUUCCAAGCAUAGCAUGCAAAUAACUGUUGACCGUUUUAUGCUUUACGCUCUGUUCGCGAACACAAUCGAAAAAAAGCAUACACACUCGCUCUCGCUCUGAGCAAGAGACUUCGUUUCUUUUUGUAUUUGUUUUCUCUUGAACGCACUGAAUUCAGUCAUUCGUGUCUCGCUCUUUUAAGAGCAUCGUGUAAGUUGAGAUACGAUUAACGUUCACAAAAUGAGACUCAGUAAGUGAGCAAAUGACUGAAAAAGUCAAUGCAAACGGUCUUCACAUUAAUUUGCCUGCCUUGUAGAUAAAAAGAAAUGCAUUUUUUUUUAAAGAACUAUUUAAAUUUAUUUCCAAUUAUUUUGCUGUUUUUUUAUGUAUCAUUAUAUACAGAUACAUUUAUUAUUUAUUACGAGUUGACCUUAAUAACUAAUAAAGCGUUAAGCGUUAUUGGGUUCAUGCCAAGUGAUUCAUAAAUUGGAUCCAUUGUUUCUCUAAACCCUUCAUUGUCCAGGAACAGAAAUGGUUUUCCAUCGGUAGUGACAAUUUUUAAUAGUGAAUAAACAAUUGGAUUUUCAUUCGGCUGAUGCGUCACUUUUCUUUUUUUCACAUUGUUGCACUUCGGUGCUCUCGUAAUUGUCCCAUUCUUUUUUAAAAUUUCCGCAUAUUUUUUAGUUAAAUGUCGUUUUAAAUUUGUAGCAUGAGUGCCUGACAAUUUCAAACCGCAUACAUUACAAAUUGAUUUUUUUUUUUUGGGGAUUAAAUUUAAAGAAUUGAUGCACUUUUUUAUUCACAUCUCUUCUGAUUUUGCACAAAAUAUAAUAUUUAACCGCACACACUAAAUUCGCGAACGCAAACAAUAGGUAUGUUUAGGCAAAGCAACACUCGCAUAUAAACCAAUGCAUACGCAAAAAACCUUUUUCUUCAUUUCACUCAACCAAACGGUUGGGGAAUAACCAAAAAAGAACGGUUGCUCACCGAGCACGAGCGAGCUCGUUAAAGAUCCGUUGCAAUCGGUUGCUCUCGGAGUCUUUUCUCAAGGUUUGAGUAAGAGACAUCUAUUUGCAGCCAACGAGAAACGGUCAACAGUUAUUUGUGAUCUCUGCUUCUAAGGCUAACACAGCCUGCUUAUUUUAUAACGCAGGCCAUCGUAUGCUGUACAUUUCACAAAAACAUAUCGAUAUUUGCUCUUCUUUCCAAAAGCAUAUUUAGAUUAUUUAGAACUACAAUGAAGAUGAAGAAAGAAUAUUUCUCCAUUGGAAGAAUUUUAGUGUGCAUUAAAAAUUAUAAAGUUUAAGGAAUAACGACAUUUUGGCCCGUUUCCAGGUUUAUUCGAGUGUUCCAGUUAGCUCCCUUUUUAUGUGUUUGGCCGUGCUCCUCCUCCUUUUUGGGGUGUGCGUCUUGCUACUAUUCCACAAAUAGAGAGCCCUACAGUUUUAAGCCGACUCCGAAUGGUAGGUAUUUUUGUAUGAGGAGCCUUUUAAUUUUAAAUACUUCGAAAAUAUUUUUUCAAUGUCAAAAACUUCUAAAAAGUUUCGAAACUAAAGCGUUAAACUUCCAGAAAUGCUCUCGAAUCUGUUAAUUCUAGUUGGUGUUUAGUGUUUAAAAAGCAGUGCAGUUACCAUAGAUCACGACAAUUUGGCGCUCAGCGAGAGCUCCCACUCUCAGCACUUGGACACCUCAUUUCUAUAUGUGUAUGUAUGUAUGUAUGUAACUGCUCGGUAUAUGGUUCACCACCAUUUGUGUUCAUUUUUGAACCUGCCCAACAAAUAUUUUAGAAUACACACUUCCGACUUUCACAAGCGAUCAAGCAAGGAUUGUCAACCAAUAGAAAGGCACAGAUUGUAAUCAUACAUAGAUAAUCAAUCAUACAUACCAUAUGUAUGUAUGUAGUUAUUUCCAGUUGUUUGUGUUUGUUUACAGUGGAAAUGUUUAUUGCCCAGGCAGUGAACCGCUAAUCUCCCUCUCUUUCUCUUGAAGUAUAAUAUGUGCAGUGGUGCCGUUUUUUUUCUUUUUAAUAUGAAAACGCAUCCAACAACAACCGUUUAAACAAAUGAUUUAUGAAAAGCAACGGAAUUUUUUAUAUACUAUAAAUAAUUUGGUGCUGGUUUCUCAAGGGAAGCAAUUGUUAUCAGGUAGCAGAGUAAGAGAGAGAGCAGUUGAUAAGUGAGUUGAAUGGAUAUUGAGGCAUAAGAGACCUUACUAAGCCAAACAGAGGUUUAUUUUUUUGUUUGUUUUUGAAUAAUUAUAAUUUUUAUAUACAAUAUUUUUACUCCUCAUUUAAUUACAUAGGUUAUGUUUAAAAAGCAUCACAAUAAAUAGCUGAAAUAGUUAAGUUAGUAUGAGAGGUACGUAGGAAAAUCGGAGCAAUGAGGCAAAUCUGCAGGAAAUGCACAAAUUAGAAAUCUACAACAAAACCAAACAGCAACAAAAAACAGAAGGUAAUGCAAGAACUUAGCAACUUUAAAUUCUAAUAUUUCUAAAAUAUAAUAUUAAAAAAAUAGAUAUAUAUGAAUGAACAUAGAAAAAUACGAAAACAGAUUUGGUUUCAACAAAACUACAAUCAAAAUGAAGCAAAUACAUAAGCAAACGAGAUGUGUAAGUAAAAUGAAAUAACAACAAAUUACAAAUAACACAAUCAAAAGCAGCUACCGAAAAAACUACAUAUACAAUAAAACAAUACAAAAGCAACAAAUAAAGUAUUACAGCCUGGAAAUAUUUUUAACAGUUCGCAGCAAAUAGACAAAUAAAAAUUGCUAAGAGUAUUUUUUUCUUUACUAGAAAUUCAUUUUUGUGUUCUUCUAUUGCAAGGCAUAUUUUUACAAAGCAAUAACUACAAUAGUUUUAACAUACACACAUACAAGCAUAAGCUAUUGCAUAGCUCUAAAAUAACCUGAAAUAUGAAAAAAAUAACUUAAGUUUUUGUUCAUUUACAUACUUACAUAUAUACAAUUUUUUUUUUAAUGCAAAUUAAUUAUUAAAGCAACAAAUAGUAAAGAGCCAACUGUACAAGAUUUUUUAUAUACAUAUUUACAAUUACAAUUAUUACACCAAUAUUUUUUUAAUACAUACAUACAUAUGUAUAUACUGUAAAAUAUAUACAAAACAACUAAUGCAACUCAAAGUAGCUACAACAAAAAUUAGUGAAAAUAGCAAUAGCAAAGCCUAAUUAUUAUUAAUAUACAUGCAUACAUACAUACAUACGCAUACGAAGAAAGUUGAAAUGGAACAAUAGAAUUUAUUUAUUUUUAAUGCAAAGCAAAACAAACAAACAAAGCAUCUUUAAGCUUUAUUUAAGUUAAAGCAAAAAAUCAAUCUAAUUAAUUUAUCAACACAACACAAAUGUGAAACAGCAGCACUUAAAGUGCAUGCAUGAAAAUCACCACCGCCGCUAAUAGUGUUUUUUUUUUGUUUUAAUUUGUUUUGUGAAUUAAUUUUAUAAAACAAUUUGAAAUAUUUAUAAAUUUAAUUAGUUAAUUUUUAAUACAACACUUAUAAGUAUACAGCAACUUAAGAGAAUACAAUACAAUAACAAAUAUGAAAGAAAAAUAAUGCAUACAACAGCAGCAAAAAACUGUGAUUUUACAAGGAAGCAAAUAAACAAGCAAAACAAAUAAAAUAGCGAAAAUAGCAAAAUAUUUAUUAUUAAUUACCACAAACAAGCAAACGUACAUACAUACAUACAUACAAACAUAAUAAAUGAAUAAUUACCCACAUAGAUAGUAGCAAAAACGGAUGCAAUAGCAAAAUAAUAAAUUAUAGUGAAAAUAUGUACGAACAAUGUAAUGCCGACAGGCAAAACAGGUUCUUUUAAAAUAUUUAAUUUUUACAUUUUCUUUCUCAAGUAAGUUGAAAUUACUUAUUUUUACACAUUACAUUUAUGCUAAAUAAUAAUAGACGCAAUAUUUUUUUAAAAUAAUUUUACUUAGUACAUACAAAAUGUGCAAAUGCAAAUGAGCACAAAUUAACGCAAACAGGUCUACAACAAAAUAUACACAUACAUACAUACAUACGUAUAUGUAUUACAAUUACGCAAAUGGCAAAAGAGGAAUAUAAGCAAAUAAAACAACAAAGCAGCAGCUAGCAUGAAAUACAAAAGCAAAAAAUAAAAACAUAAAAUAUAAAAAAUUAUUGUAAAAAACAAAUAAAUGUAAAAAAGUGAAUUACAACACAGAACCGAAAACAUCGAAUUACCACUAAAUAGUAGUUUCAUUGAUAUACAUACACACAUACAUGCAUAGAAAUUUAUAAAAAGCAUACAAAUGCAAUUUAAAGACAAAACCAAGCAAGUAAACCGUAAAUUAUACAACAACAAAACCUUAUUGUUAACAUAAAAAUAACGGCGUACCGUAAAGUAAAAAUAAAAAAAAUUGAGCAUCAGAAUGUUUUUGAGCAAAACAAAAAAAAAAAACAGAAAUAUUAAAUGUGCAUCAAGAAAUUCAUAAAACAAAAUUACGAUAGAAAAAUUGCAUAAGACUCAGAGCCAGAUAUUGAAAACAAAAGCAAACACAAAAACAAAAAACAUUUAUUCCACAUAAACAUUGAUGUUUAACAAUUAAUUCAUAAAAAACAGAGCAACAAAACAAUUUAAAAGAAAUUGUAAGCAAACAGUAGACACUGUAAGACAAACGGUUAAAGAUGAUAACAAGCAAAAAAAAAAAAACAACAACAAUAACAAACAAUUA